UGACGUCAUUGUGACCACCACCUAGCGGCCGUUACUGGAAGCUCUGCAUGCAGAACUCGGCACUGAAGAUGGCGGAGGGGGAAUUAAACGUCGACAGUCUCAUUUCUCGUCUUCUUGAAGUGCGAGGAUGUCGUCCAGGGAAGAUCGUUCAGAUGACGGAAGCAGAAGUUCGAGGACUCUGCAUUAAAUCUCGAGAGAUCUUCCUCAGUCAGCCCAUCCUGCUGGAGUUGGAGGCUCCACUUAAAAUCUGUGGUGACAUCCAUGGGCAGUACACAGAUCUGUUGAGGUUGUUUGAAUAUGGCGGUUUUCCACCAGAGGCAAACUAUCUCUUCCUGGGUGAUUAUGUGGACCGAGGGAAACAGUCUUUGGAGACCAUCUGCCUCCUACUGGCCUAUAAGAUCAAAUACCCUGAGAAUUUCUUCCUCCUGAGGGGAAAUCACGAGUGCGCCUCCAUCAACCGUAUCUAUGGCUUCUACGAUGAGUGCAAGCGCAGGUUCAACAUAAAACUCUGGAAGACGUUCACAGACUGCUUCAACUGCCUCCCAAUCGCUGCCAUCAUAGAUGAAAAGAUUUUCUGUUGCCAUGGAGGUCUCUCUCCUGAUCUGCAGUCAAUGGAACAGAUACGUCGGAUUAUGCGACCAACUGACGUCCCAGAUACAGGGUUGCUGUGUGAUUUGCUGUGGUCGGACCCAGAUAAGGACGUUCAGGGAUGGGGGGAGAACGAUCGUGGCGUUUCAUUCACUUUCGGUGCCGACGUAGUCAGCAAGUUCCUGAACCGCCACGAUCUGGACCUAAUCUGCAGGGCACAUCAGGUUGUUGAAGAUGGUUAUGAGUUCUUUGCAAAGCGUCAGCUGGUCACUCUGUUCUCAGCGCCAAACUACUGCGGGGAGUUUGACAAUGCUGGUGGAAUGAUGAGUGUGGAUGAGUCACUCAUGUGCUCUUUUCAGAUCCUGAAGCCUUCAGAAAAGAAGGCAAAGUAUCAGUACGGUGGGGUCAACUCAGGGCGACCUGUGACCCCGCCCCGUACGGCCCAAGCCCCCAAGAAGAGGUGAGCGGCUUGCCACCCAGUACAACUCCCUCCAUCCCCCCACCGUCAGCAAACUACCCCUAUCUGGGGCAGCUUUACUUUCCCAAAUCUCCUCUAAAAUCUCUCUUCUCGGCCUGCCAAACCUCUUUCUCUUUUCUUAAUAUUUGUGUACAGACAUUUUGCUGUGACCAGUCAAAUUCUCUUUUCUUUUGCUCUGCUUGUUUGUUUAUUGGUAUUUUAAUAACAUAAAUAAUAAUAAUACUGCUUUGGGAAGAAACUGCUCUACUAAGAACCCAGAGCAAAACACACUCAUUCUCUUACGCAAAGAUCUCAGUAGUGUCCUGAUAUAUAAGCAUUUUAUUAAACUUUACUUCAGUACUCUUUGAUUAUUGAA